CUUUUUCGAUUUUGGAAGGGAUCGGUAACCGAUCGGAUAUCCCCUCCAAAAUUGAAAAAGAGGAAGACUAAAUGCUCCACUCAGUAGAGCCAGGGUGUGACGCAUGUUAGAUUAAACCAGAGCUUUCGAACCAACUUGUACCUUGGCCAUUCGUACCUUGGACGACUCGUACCUUGGACAACUCGUAACUUCGAGGAGUAAUACCUUGAGCAACUCGUACCUUGGGCCACUUGUACCAUGAGUUAAGACUGCUCGUACCGGUACCUUCAGCUAUAUCCCUUGUACAUGUAGGUAUUGCAAGAAUUGUGGAAAUCCUGUAUUAGUCAAAGCUUGCUAUGGAGGAAUUACAAGGGGAGAAGGAGUUGUAUGAGGAAUACCUUUGUGCUGCCGUUGAGAUCGCUAAGAAAGCUGGAGAGGAGAUACGAGCCACCUUUCAGGGCAAGAAAAGCAUUGAAUUGAAGAGUUCCCCAGCUGACCUCGUGACCGAGACUGACCAGAAGGUGGAGCAAUUGAUCAUCUCUUUCCUCCGGAGCAAAUUUCCAGAUCACUGUUUCAUAGGUGAAGAGACAACUGCAGCUGGUGCUCAUUUUGAAUUGACGGACAGCCCAACGUGGAUUAUAGACCCUGUAGACGGCACUACAAACUUCGUGCACAGUUUUCAAUUUGUUGCUGUUUCGAUUGGGCUGUCAAUUGCAAAGGAGAACAUUAUUGGUGUCAUCUACAACCCUGUACUGGAUGAGUUAUUCACAGCAAUAAAAGGACGUGGCGCCUUCUGCAACGGCAAGCCAAUCAGCUGUUCCAGACAGCAAGACAUAAGCCAGUGUCUGGCCCUGGUUGAGAUUGGUAGCAGUCGCGUGAGUGCUCACUUACAAACCAAGCUGCAAAACAUCAACUCGCUCAUACAACAAGGAGUACAUGGCAUUCGGUCGCUAGGCUCAGCAGCUCUGAAUAUAUGCCAGGUUGCAAGGGGUGGUGGUGAUGUGUACAUCGAACAUGGCAUCCAUUGCUGGGAUAUGGCUGCUGGUGUUGUUAUAAUCAGAGAGGCUGGUGGGGUCAUCAUUGAUCCAAGGGGGGGGCCUCUAGAUCUGAUGUCACGAUGUGUGCUUGCUGCAAGCAGUUCACAGCUAGCCGCCUCUGUGUCAGCGUGCACCACCCAUGUGGACUAUCCAAGGGACUAGCCCUUUGUGGACUUCGGUCACCCACUUUUCAAUCCAGGGCAUCAUGGCCAGGAACCUGUCUGUGCGCUCCUAAAUACAACUCAGUACUGUCUACCAGGAGUGUAAUUUCUGUGUGUGUGCACAGACAAAUUUGAAUAUGAAACUUUGCUAUGUAAAGUAAUGGUUGCUGGACCACAUACAUGACUCCAACAGAUUUUGAGAUGUAGACCAAACGGGAAAAAUGUAGUAGUGACCACUACUGAAGUGCAGACUUGCCAUUCAUUUAAAAUGUUGGACCACCCAAAAUUCUUUGAAUGGGACAAAUUUUUGGCUCAAUUUGAAAAUAAAUAGGCAUAUUGUCCCAUAUCUACCGACAGUGCAUACAAAAUAGACCCAGAACAAUGAAGUUGUGCUUUGUUUACUGAGGUGCUUUCCUGUGGCAGGACACAAUCCAUUCAGCCUCCAUAGGAAAGUGCACGUUAACAGAGCGUGGCAUUGUUAUCAGGUCUUUUAGUGGCUUGAGACAGGUUGAAUUUAUCAUCUUUUGUUACUUUGUAGUAUGUGUGCUAAAUUUGUGUUUUUUUUAAACAAAUAAUCAAAUUUUAAUAAUGGGCAUUUUUGUCCUGAAGAUUUACCAGAAUUUGAGUUCUUUUUGCUGCUUGACACGCUGGCAUAUCACUAGAAAAAUCAUACAUCAGCUUUAUGUUACUGAUCUGUUUUGCCAGAUGCUAAUCCAAUAACAAACAUUGUUUCCGAUCAACAUUGUCCUUGUGGCCCCAAGAACUGCCAACUGUGUCAAAUAUGGGUCCCGGGAUCCCAGAAGUUCCAUUACCUUAAGGACUGAAAGAAAUUUUCCUGGACCAACUUGCAUUUUGGGUGUGUACGCACAGCUUUUAUUCUGUACAGUGCAAAAAUGUCAACCCAUUGUUGGAAAAAUUGAUAAAAUAAUAUUUUAGUGGAACGUUGUUAUGAAAUUUACAUUCACCAAAUGUAGAAAUAUAAUUGGAGACGUGGCAAGAAUUGGUUUGUGGUAAGAUUUUUACUUUUCCCUUCAUUUGUACUACAUGUUUACAUGUUAUGUUAAUUGUGCUUAAAUCUAAUAAAUUGUGUAUCACAAAGGGUAAAUUGGGUACAAUCAGUAUUAAGACAUUUCAGCAAUAUUUUUUUAUCGGCUGAAUGUCAAGAUGUCAGGAGCUGUCCAGGAUUAUCAAAAUUUCGUCAUUGAAAAUACCAUUUUGAGUGUUUUUGCACUCCAGUACUUCCAGACAUACUUAUCCCUCAAGCACAACAGGAAAUGGAAUAAUGGUGUAAACCCAAGUUCCAUAUGCGUGCUUAACGAGACCAAAGACUGAGUGGUUUGUGAGACACAAACUCUGUAUUUUGUGUUCUUCGAGACCAGGUGGGACACGUGUAACUAAUUGAACUUCUGCAAACCUUACACAGGCAUAGGCUUUGUAUUCACGGCAGAUUGUGCAACCUUGAACCGUUUUACAUUAGAAAUUUAAUGCUCGUCCUUGGAAUAGUAGAAAAUGCAUGUUGAUUUUUUGUAGGAUAUACAUGUAUGUACAAGUAUGUAUAUAGAGCAGUCUGUUGCCAAGGAUUGACCAAUCACAAUCAUUCAAGUUUGCUUGAAAAUAGCAGGAUAUUCAGAUUUGGUGGUCAGUAAAGUGCUAAGCUUUACACCCAUGCCUUCUUUGCAGAGUUUGAAAGAAUUGAAAUUGACUGGAAAACAUAAAAAUUUCCAACUCCAGUACCACUCACAAGUCACAAAGUGCACAGUUUUGUAGUGUGAAGGUUUGACUUUGAAAUAGUCAGGUGUUGAUUGCAACAUCCUUGUUUUAAAAUGUUGUCUUGAGAUUUUAUGUGUGAAGCUUUAAGUCUCCAAUAAUAAAGUAGGCAGCAGUGUGCAAUGACAUUUUUAAAGGUAAUACACAACAUUUGCUUCCAUUGUUUUUUUGUGAAUUUUAUCAGUUAAUUGAAGGAGUUUUAAUUUAUAGUCGGUCAUCAAUCUUGUGAUUUGUCUUAUGUUUGGAGUUUAUUAAAAACACACAAACCCACAAAAA